AUGGAAUUUGAAAUGGGUGAUCAGGCGCACGAUCCGGAAAUUCUGACACAUCUUUUAAUCGACUUCAUAAUAGAUACCGGCCUCAACUUCUCGGCUGUCGAUAAUUUGAAGUUUCAUAAGUUUGUGAAUUAUGUGAAACCUGGAGUGAAACUACCAACGUCCGUGGAGGUGACUACAUUCUACGAUACAUAUUACGAGGAAAUCACGGGAUUGAAUGAUAAUGUGUUGGUGAAUGUAGGAAACGACGGUGAUAGAAACAGUGAAGAAUACAUACACGUUGAUGAAGCUGGCAAUCAAAUAGAAUACCAAUCACGUGAGCUCCCGAAUACUGAGCCGCAUACUCUGAAAGAUUCGAUGGAAGUGAAUUCAAACGAGUUGACUAUACAAAUACAAAAUAUGGAGUCCACGGAUCAAAACUUAGGAUUGGGUUAUGGAGCAGCUUCCGAAAAAGGAAUUUUUCCGAGUGAACAACUUCAAAUGUCGGAUGAGCGCUUGGCAAUUGGUACUAAAAAUCACAAAGAAGAGAAGUGUUUACUGAUAAAUUGUGAAAACUUGAACAACAUCAUGCCAGAGGCUCCAUCAUCAGGAUCUCUUAACAGUGAUGAAGAUGUUUUUAUCCUGCAAGAAUCAUCAUCAGAAAGCUCACGUAUGGGACAAGAGUCGCCGUCCUUUCAAGAUUCGAAUUCAUAUGCUUCAUCCUCAUUGGUUCCAGCACUUCAUCGCAAAAGUUUUGGAAACAUGGAGAUAAAACAAGAAAAUCUGACAAAUCUUCCAUAUCCAGAGUAUUUACUGGGUUGUAAAGUGCACAAGAUUGAGAAGAACAUUGUCACGUUGAAAAGCAUUCCUGGAUAUUUGCAAUAUCCAUGCUUGGUGUGCUGUGAAAGAAAAAAAGGAAGACACAUGCGAGAAGUGGAGGGUUAUCACGCAUACAUAAUGAUUUUUGCUUGCAUCAAAAAUGGAUAUUACUCGAAAGAAAAAGGAAUGAUGAUUUCUCGUUUGCGCAAGUUUUAUUCCUGUCGAUCCCAUUUGGAUGAUAUGUAUAACAGCGCUUGCAAGCAUAUGGGCAUAGCGAAAUACAGUACGGAUGUUCAUACCGGAAACAAAAAGAUCGUAAAUGCUUUUCCCCUUAUCAACGAAAUCAAAAGCAGUCGAGAAACAAUCAAAAGGAAUAAUAGUCUUGGUAGUUUCAUAGGACUUGUUAGAACAUUCUGUGAAACAUACAAACGAGAUUACCACGCUUAUAAUAUAGUUCACAGCUAA